AUCCAUCCCAAUGAUAGAUGGUAUUGUAUGUGGGUGAACUUUGUAUUGGUGUGGCGUAUAUACUCGGCCUUUGUUACGCCAUUGGAGUUCGGCUUCUUCAGAGAGCUGACGGAUAAAAUGACAUUAAUUGAUGGGUUGAGCAUAGUCAUCUUCCUCGUGGAUAUGCUGCUUAACUUCUUCGUCGCAUAUAGAGAUCCUCACAGCAAUAAAAUGGUGUACAAUCAACACAGUAUUGCCAUACAGUAUGGAUCGGGAGAUUUCAUUAUAGACCUCCUUGGAUGCAUGCCAUGGGAUGCCAUAUACAAGGGGACAGGAAGAAGAGAAAUGGUUAGGUAUCUUAUGUGGACAAGACUGUAUCGUGUGAGAAAAAUUAACCAUUUCUUCAUAAAGAUAGAGAACGACAUCCGCAUCAAUUACUUAUACGUUAGGAUUGUGAAGCUUAUUACUGUACAGUUAUAUAGUGUACAUACAGCUGCAUGCAUCUUCUACUACCUUGCAACAACUAUGCCGCCGGAGCAAGAAGAUUACACAUGGAUUGGAAGUCUAAAGUUGGGAGAUUACAGCUAUAUGAACUUCAGGGAUAUGAAUUUUUCAAAGCUUUACAUUACCUCUCUCUACUUCAUUUCCAUCACCAUGGCUACCAUAGGAUAUGGUGACAUACAUGCUGUGAAUACUAGAGAGAUGGUUUUUCUCAUCAUAUAUGUAUCAUUUAACAUGAUUCUUGGGGCUUAUUUAAUUGGUAACAUGACAGCUUUGAUAGUCAAGGGUUCAAAGACUGAAAGAUUUAGGGAUGAGAUGACCAAUAUAACACGGUACAUGGAUAGAACUAAUCUAAGUAAUGAGAUCAGAAACCAGAUUAAAAGCCACUUGAGAUUGCAAUAUGAAUGCAGUAGAACUAAAAGUGGCUUUAUUGACGGCAUUCCAGAGGCUGUAAAAGCCAAGUUAUCGCAGUCCUUGUAUUUUGAGAUAGUUCAGAAAGUUCCACUCUUCAAAGGAUGUUCAGAUAAUUUCUUGAAUCAGAUUGUAAUGAAACUGACGGAAGAGUUCUUUCUACCAGGAGAAGUGAUACUUGAACAAGGGACUGCUGUGGAUCACAUAUACAUUAUAUCUCAUGGCUCUCUGGAGGAGGUGCUAAUAGGAGAAAAUAGAUCAGUGGAAUUGAUAUCAGAAAUUUUGCCUUCUGAUUUAUUUGGUGAAGUUGCAGCACUGUGCAAUAUUCCACAGUCAUACACUGUUCGCGUUAUCAAACUAUGCAGAAUACUAAAAAUUCAAAAAGAAAAUCUGAGCAGUAUUUUACAACUUUAUGUCAAAGAUAGCUAUCAAAUACUCAGAAACCUGCUUGAGGGAAACGAGAUUGAUCUAGACAAAAAGCCGUUGGUAUCAGAGAUAUCCUUCCUAAUCACAAAAAGAGAGGCAGAGCUUUCAAUGGGAGUAAGAAGUGCGGCUUAUAAUGGAGAUUUUUAUCAUCUCAAGGGUUUAACUGAUGCAGGAGCAGAUCCUAACAUAAAGGAUUAUGAUGGAAGAACUACAAUUCACAUCGCUGCAUCAAGAGGACAUGAAGAUAUUGUGAAGUUCCUUAUUCAAAGAAAAGCAGAAGUCAAUUUCCUUGAUAAAUUUGGGAAUUCGCCAUUAUUAGAGGCUGUGAAGGCAGGUCAUGAGGAAAUUGCUAAGCUGCUUUUGGAGAACGGAGCAGUUCUGAACCUGGAAGAUUCUGGCACAUAUCUUUGCAAAUUAGCAGCAGAUAACAAAGUUGACAUAUUGCAAAGGUUGUUGAAGUAUGGAGUUGAUCCAAAUUGUCAGAAUUAUGACCAGAGGACUCCACUUCAUGUUGCAGCAGCAGCAGGCUUACAUUUAGUUGCCGGAGUUUUGAUUGAAUUCGGAGCUAAUGUUCUUGCCAAAGAUAGGUGGGGAAAUACUCCUCUUGAUGAAGGCCAAAGAAGUGGAAAUAAACCAGUUGUUGAGAUUCUGGAAUAUGCCAGAGAAAAUGCGCAAAUGCAUUUUUAGUUGAUGAACAG